AUGGAAAGAGAAACAAAUAUUUUAUUUUUUCUAUGUUUUAGAAAUAUUAUAAUUAAAAAAGAGAUAUUUAGACAGAUAAGAAUUUUCAAGAAACACAAUGAAACAGUAUAUCUAUUUUCAAAAUUAAAACUAUUGGAACAUCCAUUCAGAGAUUAUAUAACAAAUCUAUAUCUUGACUUUAGGGAUGGAAGUUUACCCUAUUUUAUCCCAGAUUCGGUGAAGAAACUUACAUUUGGGUCAUUAUUUAACAAUUCAUUAAAAGGAUUAAUACCGUAUUAUUGUGAAGAGUUGGUUUUAGGAAGCAAUUUUAAUCAAGCUAUUGAACAAGGUGAUUUGGCAAAUCUUUCAAGUAUAAUAUUUGGUAAUAAAUUUAAUCAACAGUUUACAGGUUGUUGUGUUUUCCCUCCAACAUUGAAGAGUGUAGUUCUUGGUAGUCGGUUUAAUAAAGAUAUAUUACCAGGAUCAAUGGGCAAUCAUAUAGAAAAAAUUACAUUUGGUGGUGAUUUUAAUAAACAGCUUGUAGAGGGCUCCUUACCAGAAUCAGUUACAUCCAUUACUUUUGGAUGGGAUUAUAAUCAACCUAUACUCGAAAACUCAAUACCAGCAUCAACUAAAACAAUUAUAUUUGGUGAAUCAUUUAAUCAAAUUAUUAAACCAGGUUAUUUAAAACAAAUUGAAACCAUUGUAUUUGGAAAUAAUUAUAAUCAACCACUUUUACCCAACUCUAUACCUGCUUCAACCACAUCUAUUACUUUUGGAAAAAAAUUUGAUCAACCAAUCUCAACUGAAUCAGACCCAGUUGGCAUAAUACCAGAGUCAUGUACAUUCCUCAAAUUUGGUUUUAAUUUCAAUCAAUCAGUUUCGACUAUUGGUGCCAUUCCUCCAAAAGUUAAAUCUCUUAUAUUUGGCGAAUGCUUCAAUCAAUCCUUUUCACCAGUUGGUUGUAUACCGCCAUUUGUAGAAACCAUCAUACUGGGUACUUAUUAUAAAAAAAAUAUUACACAGGAUGAAAUACCGAUUAAUUGCGAAAUAAAAAAAAUAAAAUCUUCAAAAUAA